AUGCUUCUCUCCUUUGUGCUGCUCAAGCUGGCGCAACUGCUCAUAGUUUACUUUGCUCCGUCGCCGUUCGACACCUCCACAGGCAUCUUCUUGGCAGACUACAGCGCCGACUAUGCUGAACUGCCCCAGAAUCUGCAAUGGUUUGUCUCGAACGUGGCAUCGAAGCUUGUGGCCUGGGAUGCCAUCUAUUUUCUCAAACUGGCCACCGAGGGACCCACUUUUGAGCACGAGUACGUGUUUGGCCCGCUGUGGUGGCGUCUGCUCGCGCUGGUCCCAUCCACAAACGUCUACUACAAGCUGCUGGGCGGCCUGCUGAUCUCGAACAUUAGUCAUUAUUUGAGCUGUGUGGUGCUCUACAAGCUCACCAGACGCUACUUUGAUGAGCGGACGGCCCGCAACAGCGCGUAUCUCGCGGUGAUCCAGCCGUCGGGAAUAUUCAGCACCACCAUCUACGCAGAGUCCACCGCACAGCUCCUGUGCUACACGGCUCUGCUUCUGCGCAGCUACGGCCGAACAUCGCCAAAAUACUUCCUUUCCGGCAUUCUAAUAGCCAUUGCAUUUGGAUUCCGCUCCAACUGUCUGCUGUACGGCAUCUUGUACUUGUACGACACCGUGGCGGGGCAAUCGCUAGUCAAACAUCCCGCUGUUCAUCAUUGCAGCACCCAACCUGCUGAUCCUGGCGACGGCGAUCUACCGUCUCCGAAACCAGCGCAGACUGCGUCCAAUCCUGCUCACGUCGCUCGUCUACCUCGCCGUCCAGCUUACGUCCAUGCACGUCCAGAUCGUCAACCGCGUCGUCACGUUUCUGCCGACUCACCUCUGGUACGUGGCAGCUACCGAAAAUAA